AUGAUCUACAAGAUGGACGAGUUGACAGGAAAAUUUUCCUUAUACCAGACCCUACAGACUAGAGGAGCCAGUUGCCUUGAGCACUUUUCAAUCGCUGGUAUACAUUUCAUUGCUGUUUCUUAUGUCUACGAUGGAACAUAUCGGUUGGACUUCACAAUCUACCAAUGGAAUGGAAAGCUGUUUGUCGACUUUCAGAAAAUAUCUACUUACGGAGCAACCCAUCUCACCCAUUUCAAGAUAAGUGGCGAAACUUAUCUUGUUUUUGCAAACAACUAUGAUGGAAGUACCUAUUCAACGAAAUCAGUAGUCUACAAGUGGAGCGGCAACAAAUUUAUUAAGUUUCAGGAAAUACCAACUGAAGGUGUUCAUGGAUGUACGGGGUUUGUCAUAAACAACGACACUUUCAUUGCUUUUGCAAAUUAUUACAACUCCCAACGCAAGCAUUCUGUUCAAUCUACUGUGUUCAAGUGGACUGGGGGACACUUUGUCAAACUGCAGUCUCUUCAGACAUAUGGUGCCCGAGACGUGAGGUCCUUUAACAUCAACGGUCACACUUUCCUCGCUUUUGCCAACUUUUAUUCUGGAAGUAAAUACAACUUCGACUCCUUCAUUUAUAAGUGGAAUGGAAACACGUUCGUCCUGUUUCAGUCCAUUCCUGGUCGAGGUGGUAUUGCAUGGUUUCCAUUUGUGAUCAGUGGUCGAACUUACCUGGGUUUAGCUAAUCACAAUGGUGACGGUCAGGGAAAAAACGUUAAGUCGGUUGUGUACCAGGCCUUUGGAGCGCAGUUCAUCAAGUACCAAGAGAUUCCAACACACGGAGCGCAUGAUUUGACGUCAUUUGAGUACAAAGGUCAUACCUAUCUGGCAGUGGCAAACUCUCAAAACGGUCAGAAAUAUAACAUAAAUAGCGCCCUGUACAAGUGGGUUUAG